AUGGAGUUAAUGGCAUAUGUACCCCAUUUUUCAGAAGCGCCAGAUGUGGAGCGUAUUCCGGUUAUCCAACAUGUGUGCGAACAACCACAAGAAGAAGAUGAAAUAAUGAAUAUUAGGAAAGGAGACACGAUUUUGGAUAAAUUGAGUCGUUGGUUUUUAAAGCAACGUACUUUAUCUAGAAAGCACCCUUUGACUCGCUGGUGUCUUAAAAGUACAACUGCAAUGAAUUAUGAAAUUUUAAGACACCUUAAAUCACACCGUUAUAUGAUACAUCCAUUUAGCUCGUUCAGGAUCAUUUGGGAAUCAUUAAUGACUGUGUUUACAAUAGUAGCCCUUCUAGUCACUCCAGUAUCUAUCACGUUUUAUUUCGAGAAACAUAAGAACUGGCAUAUGAUCAACGACACAAUGAAUAUAGUGUUUUUAUGUGAUAUUAUCGUAUGGUUUUUCACCGGUUACUAUGAUUAUGGGACGAAAGUUACUGUUCUUGAUCCUAUAAUAGUAGCAAGGAAAUACUUACAGAGUUAUUUUCUAAUAGAUAUUUUGACUGUAUUACCCAUAGGAAUUAUCGAUUAUAUUAUACCUAACUCGAUGUGGUACUGCACGACUUUAAAUAUGAUGAAAAUAUUAAGAGUUCGCAAUAUUAUUGUUUAUUCUCGCAGACUUCACGAUGUAUACAGAAUGAGUUUUCAGUCGUACAAAAUUCUAGAAACAUGCAUGGUUAUUAUAAUAUGCGUGCAUUGGGCUGCCUGUUUGGAAUAUUACGUUCCCAUGUCUGUAAAAAUAUUAAACACCUUAAGUAAUGAGUCUUGGAUCAAAUCGUCAUACUUUCAAAGCAAGGAAACGAAAAUAAAGAAAUACCUGGUGUGCUUGCAUCGUGCGAUUGUUGCUUUUGCACGAUCUGCUCAUUAUUUAGACAUGAAGACACAAGAAGACAUUAUACUAAAUUUAAUUUUAACGGUUAUAGGAUUCCUCGGUGUUAUAUUUUUAUUAACACAAUUUUCUCAGCUGAUAACAACGUUUCAUAUAACUAUCAAGCGCCACCUGAAGGUAAUACAGCAAUUACAGGAAUACAUGCGAUAUAAGGAGCUUCCGUAUGCUUUACAACGCCGCUUAUUAACGUUCUAUCACUAUCGCAACAAAAAGAGUUUCGAGAGGAACAAGAAAAUCAUAGAAGAAGUUUCACCAUAUUUGCGAGAGGAGCUCAUUUUGCAUAAUUAUUUGAGGUUUGUUAAUAGCGUGGAAUUAUUUAAACAUUUACCUGAAACAGUAAUAGUACAGUUAACAAGUUCAUUACGCUCCGAGAUCUAUAUGUCAGGCGAUGAGAUCGUUAAAGCUGGCACUCAAGGUGAAGCUCUGUAUUUCAUUUCUUGCGGUACCGUAGCUGUUUACACUGCUGUGGGAAAAGAAGUUUGUCACUUAGAAGACGGAAGUUAUUUCGGAGAGAUCGCCUUAGUGAUGGACAGCGAGCAUAGAAUAGCAACUGUAAUUGCGGUGGAAACUUGUGAGAUCAUUGUGCUACAUCGCGACAAUUUCCGAAGAUUCAUAUCACCAUAUCCUGAUCUCUUGAAUCGUUUACAAAAUGUUGCUCUUGAACAUUUACAUAAAAGUUUACUUUUAGAUUCAGCGCAGGAUUUAGGAAUCUCUACCUCACCACAAUAUAUUAAUAUAAGUAGCAUAAAGAGCAAAAGAUUAUAA